UGGGUACUGUUUUUGACAGCAAAAAGGAAGAACUGGGGAAAAAACAAACUAUGAAAGUAUUGGUUAUUGGCCUUGGCGGUGUAACAAAUGGGGGGAAAACAACGCUGGCAGAAAAGCUUAAGAAAAUGCUUCCCAACUGUGAUACAAUCUCUCAAGAUGACUUCUUUAAGCCAGAGACUGAAGUAGAAACGGAUGAGCGUGGAUUUAAGCUGUAUGAUGUACUUGAUGCCCUCUAUAUGGAUGAAAUGGUGAGAAGUAUUCGCAAUCGGAUAAAAAGCCCAGCAAGCUCAGGUGUUGUGACAGAAGAGCUGCAGAAUACAUGUGACAAUCUGAACAAUGUUUAUAUUUUGAUUGUUGAAGGCUUUCUGCUUUACAGUUAUGAGCCACUUAAUGAACUAUGGAAUAGAAGAUAUUUUUUGACCCUGCCUUAUGAAGAGUGCAAAAGGAGAAGGAGCACUAGAGUCUAUGAGCCAGCAGAUACACCAGGGUACUUCGAUGGACACGUGUGGCCUAUGUAUCUGAAAUAUAAAAAUGAAUUGGAAGAGAAUGCAAGCAUCACUUGGAUAGUAGUUUAUUUGGAUGGAACAAAAUCCCAAGAGGAGCUUUUAUCCUAUGUAUAUAGUGAUAUAAUGAAGGAAUUAAAAAAGAUGAGGGAAGAAAAUCAGCAGGUCACAGCAUGA